UCCACUCAAUCAACCACAAUUCCCGCGCUCCCAGACCCUAGUCCCCAAUCUCCAUUUUUCCGAUUCCGGCAAAUGGACUUAGACGUCGACGUUUCGCGGUGGGUCCUCGAGCUCCUCCUCCGCGACCGCGACAAGGAGAGCGUCGCCAAGCGCGUCCUCGCCGUCGCGCCGCUCUCCGACCACGACUGGCGGUUGAAGAAGACCCUCCUCCUUCGCUCAAUCGAGUCCCAGAUCUUCGACGAGGCUUCCGUCAGCGAAUCCAUCCUCGAGUCGUUGGAGUCGAUCGAGGUCUUGGACCGCGGCCAAGGGAUUCCGGUCACGGACGCCAUGAGGGCGGCGUACUGCGCCGUCGCGACGGAGUUGACGGUGAGGUUUUUGGUUUGCUUCAGAGGGAAGCCCGGCGGGAAGUACAUGGAGGCGGUUGAUAGGAUUUGGAGGGGUAGGGUUAGGGUUUUGGAGGAGACUGAGGGUUGCGAGCUGGUUUCGGCGGAGUUGAAGGAGAGGAGGGAUGAGGUGGAGGCUGGGAUUUGGGAUAUGAAGGUUUCGAAGAAGCUAGCCAGUUUGAAUAGUAGAAAUGAUGCGCUGAGAUUGGUUGCGGCGUAUGUGAAGGAAGCUAUGGCGAUGCUGGGUCCUCCGUUUAUUGCUUGGGCGGUUAGGUUUAAUACGGAGAAGGGGAGUAUAAGCUCGGAAGGUGAGCAGGUUGCGGUGGAGAAUGAUGGUAAUGUGGGUGAUGGGCGGGUCCGAGUGGCGAAUGGGGUCGAUUUGGAGGUGCAAACGAUGAAUGGUGCUGAUUUGGAUGCCCAGAUGGCGAAUGGGGAUAAUGUGCCUUAUGGGUCUGAAUUGAAAGCGCAGAGAGGGGAUAAUGUCAAUUCUGUGUCUGAACAGGAGGCACAAAAGGCAAAUGUAGCAAAUGAUGUUAGUAAUGCUUCUGAACGGGAGGCUCAUGAUACUACUGUGAGUGAUGAGUCUGAAUCGCAAGUUGUGACUCUAGCUUGUGUCAAUUCCACGUCUGAAAUGGAUCACCAUACUACGAAUGGUGUUCAACUGCAGGUAGCGGGGGCAGGGAGAUUGCCAUCUAAUGGAAACCGUCAUGUCCUCAGCUUUGAACCCGAAACUAAAGAGAAAGAAACUCCAAGGACCAUGGCACCUAGACGCAGGCAUGGACCAGCUAAGAUUAGAGAUGAUGAAGAUGUGGAUAAAGAAGCACCAGCUGGCAUAUAUAACUCAGUGUCUAGUGCUGAAGUUAAAAAAGUGCAAGAAGAACUUAAGUCCAGUGUUUUGGCUCUACAAGCUGCAGUGACAGACCCACUUCCUUAUGCUUUGCACAUAUCAGAAAUGCUAAGAUCUGAGUUGGGAAUGAGACCUGUGGAUCAUGUAAGUAAAGAAAACGGAUGUGCAACAAAUCCAUCUGUUGAAAAGAACGCUGAGCCUGAUCAAUCUAAUAAUGAUAAUCAUGGAAACCAGACCAGUCAUAAUAAUGAUGUUCCCCAACCUACGCCAAAUCUGUCUGUUGACAUGGGAAAGGGCACGGAGAAUGCUGGAACAGGGGAUGUCAAUCCUGAAAAUCCGUCUUGCAGUCACCAGAAUAAUGUUUCUCGAGCAAGCUUGAUGGAACGUAAUAGUACUGCCCGUACUUAUGAGUGGGAUGACUCGCUAGGUAUGUCACCAGAACAAACAAAUAGUAAGAGGCUUCACCUACCUAGUCCAAAAAGAAUUGCUGUUUCUCCCCUGCAGAAGUAUGACGACAAAAAAAUUUCUAAGAGGCGAAAAGUUAAGAGAUGGAGCUUACAGGAAGAAGAUACAUUAAGGACCGGUGUGCAGGAGUAUGGCAUAGGCCAUUGGAAACUUAUCUUGGAUGCAUACCGAGAUGCAUUUGAAGAGAGAACUGAGGUUGAUCUAAAGGACAAGUGGAGAAAUAUGACGAGGUAGAGGCACCUGUGAAUAGUCCGCUACUCGGUUGAUUUUUCUCGUACUAUUGAAUCCUUAUCAGAGCUGUAUGUUGUAGUGCCCUUUAUCAGAUACAGGUGUAAAUGUGUUUGUGAAAAGAUGUAUGUAUAGAUGAACAAACGUUUAAAGUUUAGGCUGUAAUGAAAUGAUGUCCACGGUUUGGUUUCUUAAGUUUUACCUGAUAGUUGGACAUUGACGCAUAGAUAAGAACCACGCAGGUAGGUUCAUUCUGAAA